AUGCAGCAUGGCACUGAUGAAGGUACAGCUUUGGUCAAGAAGGCUGAAGAUGCAGUAAGCAACAAGAAGGCCCUCAAGGAAGCUUUUUAUGUCUUUUGUAACGAAAGUGUUGCCGGAAGUUUGAGUGCAGAAUUUAUAGCAACUUUUUGUGAUAAAAUUCUUAAGAAAGGUGGGAGUGAGAAACUGAGCGAUGAGGCCAGCGAAGAACACUGGAGAAGGUAUGUUGUGCUUUCGUUGCAUGGUUUUGUUGCUCAUGUAGUGAAGCUGCUUACUUAUAUUAGCGACAAUGACUUGUUUGCUGAAAUUUAUAGGAAAAAGCUUGCUCGAAGGCUUCUUUUUUAUAAGAGUGCCAAUGACGACCAUGAGAGAAGCAUUUUGACAAAGCUGAAACAGCAAUGUGGUGGGCAGUUUACCUCAAAAACGAAUGGAUGCCCUUCCUUAGCAACCUCAACAACCUACGUAGAAGCGAGUUCGGGGUUAAUGAUGUCGGAUUAA